AUGCAUCCCAAUUUCUUACAAUGUGAACGUCCCUUCUGGAGAGGGGACGACUUCACAACUUGUAUACGUAGGGACCUCAUACAGGUUCUCCUACCGUCUCUCGUCGUCGGCCUAUCCAUGUUAUGGCUGACCGCAUCUCUUGUACACCGCUUCAUCUCCGGGGGGCGCUCGAAGGGGUAUCGAAAGCUUCCUACUCAUCAAAACGCGUUAGGAGUAGCGGCUGUCGAUGAUGGCGACUCAACCGACGAUGACGAUGACGAAUUUGCAGAACAUCUGAGCUUGAGACACACAAUGAGCCAUGGUACAUUCACCGAAGCGAAGGUCCUGGCCCCGACGGGUGAGGUUGUUUUGGCCGUUUGCGAGGUGCUUGGGGCCUCGGCAAUUCUGGGAAUUUUUAUUGCCGAAAUUUUCAAGAGGAACGGUGACAUCUGGAACUAUGCAGGAAUGCCAUUCGUUUCAGGAGUUGUGUGCUGGGGUUAUGUUGCUUUACUCACAGCUUUCAGGCUCUGGUUUUCGGUGUCUGGGGGCCGCGAUUUGCCAUCCCUCUGGGAUCACACGGCCCUUAUUUACAUGUUCAAUUUCAUCUUCGCCACCGUCGCAUUUCGAACUGCUUUGAUCCAGCCAGAAAUUGGCGUUCACGAAGCCUUUAUCAUAACACAAUUCGUAUUGAUCACCCUACUAUGUAUAAUCGCUCUUUCUAGUAGGAGGGGUAACAAACCGGUCGAGUUGAAGGUCAUUGACGGACUCGAGCCCUCUAAAGAGCCUCUUGCCUCGCUGUUUUCGUUGGCUAGUUUUAGCUGGGUCGAUGGGAUCGUAUGGAAGGGUUAUUGGAAACCUUAUGAGCUUGAAGAACUUUGGAAUCUGAGGGAAGAUGAUAUUGCAUACUCAGUUUUAAGUACUUUUAGGCAAACCAAGAAAGCAAGUUCUCUCGCUAUUACUCUACUGAAGCAUUUCAAACGGGAUCUUGCUAUUCAGUCUGCAUGGGCUGUAUUUGCUUCAGCCUUCACCUUUGCACCUACCCUUCUUCUGCGGGUGAUUUUGCAGUAUGUUCAGUCUCCGGAAGAUACACCAAAGAACGUUGCAUGGCUUUUCGUUGUUUUGCUUUUUGUCGCUGCAUCUAUUUCUGCCAUCGGAAAUGGUCAAGCUUUGUUCAUUGGUCGUAGGAUCUGUAUCCGGCUUAGGGCCGUGAUUAUUGGCGAGGUCUACGCAAAAGCACUCCGGAGAAAAGCUGCCGCCGGAGCCGAUAAAGAAUUGGGGAAAAAGGACGAGAAGAAGAAAAAGAAGAAAGACGGGAAGAAACUCACGGAUACUGACGACAAAGAUGAGAAGGAUAAACAUGAUGGUGAUCAAGCUAAUGUUGGCGCCAUCAUCAACUUAAUGGCUGUUGAUUCUUUCAAAGUUGCGGAAGUUUGCGCUUAUUUGCAUUACUUGAUUGCUGCUGUUCCUGUUCAAGUAGUUAUCGCUAUAGCUUUACUUUACCAGAUUCUUGGGUGGAGUUCUAUUGCCGGCAUUGGCGUCAUGAUUCUUUUGCUCCCUAUAAACUACUAUAUCUCUAGUCAGUUUAGCAAAAUUCAGCAAGCAAUUAUGUCAACUACGGAUAAGCGAAUUCAUACCACGAACGAAGUUCUGCAGAAUAUCAGAAUCAUAAAAUUCUUUGCCUGGGAAGAGCGCUUUGGGCAAGUCGUGGACGAGUCUCGAACCGCAGAGCUGAAGAACUUGAGAAGACGUUAUAUAUUGUGGGCAGUGGCUGCAACUUCGUGGUACGGAUCUCCAAUUAUAAUUACCUUUCUCAGCUUCUUUUGCUAUACGGUUAUCGAAGGGAAGGAUCUCAACGCACCUGUCGCUUUCACGGCAUUGUCUCUAUUCAAUGUUUUACGUGUCCCGCUAGAUCAACUCGCAGACAUGGUCACAAACGUUUUACAAACCAAGGUCUCCAUUGAUCGUGUGGAAGAUUUUUUGAGUGAAGAGGAUACCGAGAAGUACAUUCAACUCAAGUCUACAGAGGACGAAGAUCCAGAUGCUCCGCUCAUCGGCUUUAAGGAUGCCACAUUUACUUGGGGAAGCAAAAAUCAGGUCAAAGACAGGGGCGGGAUAUCGGCUUUCCAGCUGCAGGACCUUAAUAUUACCUUUAUACCGGAGGAGCUUAAUAUUAUUGCGGGACCUACCGGAUCUGGAAAGACCUCAUUGCUAAUGGCUUUGUUGGGAGAGAUGACGCGCAUAAAAGGGAUUGUACGUUUGCCAGGUGCACAUAGCCGGGAGGACUUGACACCAGAUCCAGAAACCGGGUUGACCGAUUCCGUGGCUUAUUGCGCCCAACAAGCAUGGUUGGUGAAUGAUACAAUCAAAAAUAAUAUCCUUUUUGCAAGUCCAUAUGAUGAGGAAAGGUAUCACGCAGUUCUUAUUGCAUGCUCAUUGGAACGUGACUUUCAGAUCUUGGAUAAUGGUGACGAAACGGAAGUUGGAGAAAAGGGCAUCACUCUCUCUGGAGGACAAAAGCAAAGGAUUUCACUUGCAAGAGCCCUAUAUUCAAAGUCUAAACAUCUUUUACUCGAUGAUUGCUUGAGCGCCGUCGACUCUCAUACUGCAAAAUGGAUCUACGACUACUGCAUAAUGGGGCCCUUGAUGCAUGCCAGAACAUGUAUUUUGGUCACUCAUAAUGUUGCGCUUUGUGUUCCGCUGGCGAAGCAUGUCGUGGUUAUGGAGAACGGACGCGUUCUGGCGCAAGGCGAUCCCGAAUCUGUUGUUGCUUCUGGGGCGCUCGGAAACGAUGAACUGUUGAAGUCGGGGGUCAAAUCGAGGCCUGCCUCCAGGAUGCCCUCAAGAGUUCCGUCUUUUAUCGGGACUCCGACUGAUGGCGGAGAUCAGAUAUCUAAGCCAAAACCUCUGAAUGGAUCCACAGAUCUAGCCGGUAAAAAGGACAAAAAAUCAGGAGAAGAAACAAAGCUCGAAGGUAGCGUUGAUUGGAAGGUUUAUAAACUGUACCUGACUGAGAUGGGACCGUGGUGGUAUUGGGCUAUCGUCUUGUCGAUUUUCGGGGCGCAACAAAUGGGUACUGUGGCUACCUCUGUCUGGAUUCGUCAAUGGUCAUUAGAGUAUGAGACCGAGGCGAAUGAAGGUGGCAAUUUUACUACGUCUGGUGUAACUCACAGUGCACUUUCUUCCUCAUUCGGAUAUUUUGGAAGUUGCUUUGCAUCUGGAAGUUGCUCGUGGGCUUUCCCAACCACAACUUCGCCAAAUACUGUUGGAAUUACUAGCAGCCAGGGCAAGGUCAAUGUAUGGUAUUACCUCAUAGGUUAUCUGCUCAUUGGUCUUGUAUACACCACCAUGUCCUUCAUCAGGGAGGCCGUUGUGUUUUAUGGUUCCUUGAGGGCGUCGAAGCGAAUUCAUGAGCGGCUUUUGCAUCAUAUUAUGCGUGCAAAAUUCAGAUUCUUCGAUUCUACCCCGUUAGGGAGGAUUAUCAACAGGUUUUCCAAGGAUGUGGAGGCCAUUGAUCAGGAGGUGGCGCCUGUUGCUUUGGGUAUGGUUCAUUCAUUGGCCUCUGUUAUUGCAAUUGUAAUUUUGAUCUCGGUCAUUACUCCUGGUUUCCUCGGUGCAGGCGUGAUCAUCAGCAUGCUGUAUUGGUUGAUUGGGGCGUUCUAUCUCCGCGCAUCAAGAGAUUUGAAGCGUAUUGAAUCAAUCCAACGCAGCCCUCUGUAUCAACAUUUCGGCGAAACAUUGACAGGUGUCGCUACUAUUCGAGCAUACGGUGACGAGCGGCGAUUUGUAAGAGAGAAUCUCAACAAGAUCGAUGCACACAACAGACCGUUCUUCUUCCUCUGGGCCUGCAAUCGUUGGCUCGGGUUUAGGGUCGAUAUCGCAGGUGCUUUGGUUUCGUUCUUUGCGGGUGUGUUUGUGGUUUCUAGCGUGGGCAAGAUUGAUGCUGGGUUGGCGGGUCUUUCGUUGACCUAUGCCAUCACUUUCACGGACAACGUUUUAUGGGUGGUUAGACUCUACGCUAUGAAUGAACAGAAUAUGAAUUCGGUUGAACGAAUUAGGGAAUACCUAGAGGUUGAGCAGGAGGCCGCUGAGAUUAUUCCAGAAAACAGACCUUACACUAAUUGGCCAGAAAGUGGCUCUGUAACAUUUAGCGAUUAUUCAACACGUUACCGUCCCGACCUUGACCCAGUUCUUAAACACGUCAGCUUCGAGAUCAAGCCAUUUGAAAAGGUUGGCAUCGUUGGUAGAACCGGGGCUGGGAAGAGCUCGCUCGCACUUGCACUAUUCAGAAGCUUGGAAGCCGAAACAGGAAAAAUCAUCAUUGAUGGAAUAGAUAUCAGCAAAAUUGGACUUCGAGACCUGCGCCAGUCGAUUACUAUGGUGCCACAGGACCCAACACUCUUUACCGGCACGAUUAGAAGCAACCUCGAUCCCUUUGGAGUUUACACAGAUGGCGAAAUAUUUAGGGCGUUAAAGAGAGUGCAAUUGAUUAAUGAAGAGCCCGAGGUUGCAGCACCAGUUGCUGGAGAUGAUGCAUCGAUCAACAAAAACAUCUUUCUCGACCUUCAGAGUGCAGUUGCAGAGUCUGGUAACAACCUUUCACAGGGACAAAAGCAAUUAUUGUGCCUUGCAAGAGCUCUUUUGAAGGAGCCUAAGGUGCUUCUUAUGGAUGAAGCAACUGCCUCGAUUGAUUACACUACCGACACUAAAAUUCAGGCUACUAUCCGUGAACUUAAAAGCACAACCAUCACUAUCGCACAUCGACUUAACUCUAUCAUAUACUAUGAUAAAGUUCUCGUGCUAGAUCAAGGAGAGGUCCGCGAGUACGAUCAUCCGCACAAUUUAUUGAAAAACCCAGACAGUAUUUUCAGAGAAAUUACACUUGUGGAGACUGCCGAAGAGUAG